CCAGUUGGGAAUUGGCUGAUUUUCUUAUCAAUGUUUGAUUUGUGUCAUUCGUUGGCAACAUAUAGUGAUAAUAACAUGAGCAACUUAAUAACAAUCCACCUGUUCAGGCUUUACUCUAUACUCUUCAGUCUUGUUCACACAGAGAUAUCCCCUAUUAUUGAUGUGUACGAUUAAAUCUUGUAUUUGAAUGUAAUCCUCAUGCGUAUAAGCUCCUUCCAUUGAUUUUUGUAAAAUUGAAUAAACUGCUCUGUGCUAAUUAGUUCCGAUCGACUACUGUACCCAAUAUGAAUUCUUCGGCAACUAGUUAUAGUAACAUGUCAAGUGGGACAAACGUAGCGUAUGAUAAGAAUGGUUUGUCAUCAUCGUCCACUACUGGUGAUGGUGAUUAUACAAGCGAUCCAGCAUCCGGAGGAUUGUCAUCAUUUUUUGUAUCAGACUAUAAAAAGCAUGAUGAUUUGAAACAAAUGUUAGAUUCUGCAAAAGAUGGACCAAAAUUAGAAGCUAUGAAACGAAUUAUUGGCAUGAUUGCCAAAGGUAGAGAUGCAUCAGAACUUUUUCCAGCUGUUGUGAAAAAUGUUGUAUCUAAAAAUAUAGAAGUGAAAAAACUAGUAUAUGUAUAUCUAGUCCGGUAUGCUGAACAGCAGCAAGAUUUAGCACUUUUAUCCAUAUCUACAUUCCAAAGAGCCUUAAAAGAUCCAAAUCAAUUAAUACGAGCAUCUGCUUUAAGAGUUUUGUCUAGUAUAAGAGUUGUCAUGAUUGUUCCAAUAGUUAUGUUGGCCAUUAAAGAUUCAGCUGCUGACAUGUCUCCGUAUGUUCGUAAGACUGCUGCGCAUGCUAUUCCCAAAUUAUACAGUUUGGAUCCUGAUCAAAAAGAAGAGCUUAUUACAGUAAUAGAAAAGUUAUUAGCUGAUAAAUCUACACUUGUAGUUGGAUCGACUGUUAUGGCAUUUGAAGAGGUUUGUCCUGAAAGGAUUGAUCUUAUACACAAAAUUUACAGAAAACUGUGUAACCUGUUGGUUGAUAUAGAUGAAUGGGGACAAGUGAUUAUUGUGAACAUGUUGACUAGAUAUGGCCGUACUCAAUUUGUCAACCCCAAUAAAAAUGAUUCCAAUGAUUGUACAAAAAUUGAAAAUGCAAACUUUGAUAAUUCUGACUUAUCUAGUUGUGAAGAAGCUGGUACUGAAGAUGAUAAAUCAACUGUAUUGGAUCAAGAUCAUCGCCUUUUGCUCAGAAAUGCUAAGCCUUUAUUUCAAAGCAGAAAUGCUGCUGUUGUGAUGAGUGUAGCGCAAUUAUAUCAUCAUUUGGCACCAAAAUCAGAAGUCAAUAUAAUUUCUAAAGCACUUAUUCGUUUACUUAGAAGUCAUAGAGAAGUCCAAUCAGUUGUACUCAAUUCUAUUGCAUCUAUUUCAAUAGCCCGGAAAAGCAUGUUUGAACCGUAUUUAAAAAGUUUUUUUGUCAGAUCAAAUGACCCUACACACAUAAAAUUGUUAAAACUUGAUAUUAUGACAAAUUUGGCAAAUGAAACUAGUAUUUCAACAAUACUUCGUGAAGUUCAAACAUAUAUUUCGAGUACAGACAAACAAUUUGUUGCUGCUGCUAUUCAAGCUAUUGGAAGAUGUGCUUCAAACAUUAAAGAAGUCACUGAAACGUGUCUCAGUGGGUUGGUUUCCAUGUUAUCGAGUCGUGAUGAAGCGGUAGUAGCCGAAAGCGUGGUCGUCAUUAAGAAAUUAUUGCAAAAUCAACCUGAAGCCCACUGCGAUAUAAUAAGACACAUGGCUCGUCUUAUGGACUCCAUAGCCGUACCUCAAGCUAGAGCAUCUAUAUUGUGGUUGCUUGGAGAAUACUCGCAAUUGGUAUCAACUAUAGCGCCCGACGUACUCCGAAAAGUCGCCAAAACAUAUGUCACUGAGGAAGAUAUUGUUAAAUUGCAAAUAAUGAAUCUUGCUGUUAAGUUGUUUUUGACCAAUCCUGCACAGACAACUCUAUUGUGCCAGUACGUAUUAAAACAAGCUAAAUACGAUCAAAACUAUGAUAUUCGUGAUCGUUCGCGGUUCUUGAACAACAUAUUAUUUCCUAAUGAGCAAUUUAAAAACAGUGUGUUGGGCAAAAACGCCAAGAACAUAUUUUUGGCAGAAAAACCAGCUCCGUUACUACAGUCUAAUUUCGUUGAUCGCGAAGAAUAUCAAAUGGGUUCGUUAUCUCAUUACAUUAACUGUCGUGCAAUUGGAUAUCAAGAUCUUCCUCAAUUUCCUGAAUCGCCAACGGACUCGGGCGUAAGAUGUGUAGCCGUUUUGGAAGAACCGGAAGAAAAGAUCGCAAAACAGAAAACAGAGAAAACGAUAACUAACAAGAAGAAAACAUUUUAUUCUGAUUCGGAUGAAUCAAAUGACGAUUCUGACGAUGAUUCAAACGAUGACGAUUCUACGGACUCUUCGUCGGAUCCGAGCUACGAAAAAAUCGAUUCACAUCAAAAAGAAAAAUUUGAAAGUCUUGUCGAUUCCAACGGGGAAUCUAGUUCUGAGAGCGAAUCUGUUGAGAGUGAUAGCAGCGAAGAAAUUAUUGUCGUGAACAAAAAAGAAAUAAAAACAUCAGAACUGGCUAAAAGCAAUGUAGACUUACUGUUAGAACUUGACGAUUUUGCUCCGGUCGGACAAUCAUUGUUGCCAUCAUAUGGAGAUAUUCUUUCGCCAACUACUAAUGACCAAUCUUCGCCGUUGUCGUUUUCUAGUAAACCAGUUAAUUUACAAUAUUCUAGAAAGAUUGUCGCUCCCAGUUUUGUACCGUCGGCCAAAACUGAAAUACUGAACAAAAUAAAAGGACACAACGAACUGAGCAUAUUAGCGCGUUUUACGAGAAGUCCUCAUGUAGUUUCACCUAAGAUGGUCAGCGUGGAGUUAAGCCUGACUAAUCACGAUAAAAAAGAAACACUUUCCAACAUCCGUUGGACUCAAAAGAGUUUGGAUAUGAGUAUUCACAAUUCGGCCCCUGUUGCACAACUGUUACCGGGUUCGGUCACUUUAGGAGCUCUAGGAGUCGACUUCAAAGAUUCUAUUCAGCCUCUUGCGUUGGAAGUCUCAUGGGUUUCUUCCGGAAUGGAACGUAAAAGCGAAGUCUCGCUACGCGUACCAAUCGGCGAACUGGUUCAACCGUUGUCUAUGAGCGAGGAAGAUUUUGAGAACGAACAAGUUAAACUAAAAGGGAUGAAUGAACACACAGCCAAUAUCGCCUUGAAAAAUGCUAACCUAGAUAUAACGAAAGUCAUAUUUGAAAUUGCUAAUGUUACACGUGUUAUUACCGAAAAAGAAAAUAUAUUCAGGUUCAGUGGUCAAACAUUGUCAUCUAAUUGUCUUGUGUUACUUACUAUUACCAAACAAGAAUCUUUAGCAACGGUAUGUGUUAAUUGUGAGAAAAUAGUUGUUGGUUCAGUGUUUUUAAAUGAAAUCAAAGGGCUUUUGUCCCAGUGAAUAUCAAAUUAUUUGGUUAUUAAAAUUAUUUCAGUCAAAUUUGUUAUUUGUGAUUUUAUAUGAUCAAGAAUUAGAAUUAUCAAAGUUUUUAAUUUUUUGUAUUUUCUCAAAUUAUAAUUCUUUAAAUUAAUAAA